AGCUAUGGUGGUGUCUACGCAUCAAGCCCGGAGCUUGUUAAAGCUGGUCCCUUCUUCCAUUGCAUCCAGGGUUCCCACUUUCAGGGCGGUUAUUUUGCUGGCCGUUGUGCUGCCUCUAACCGCGCUCGUCGCCUUCCAGAUCGCCGCCUACGCCGUGAUGCCGUCGCCGCCGGAGCAAGAUUUCGCGACGAAUUCAGCUGGCGCUGCCAGGCUUCCCAUCCAGCGCCGCGAUUUUCCCCACAGAUUCGUGUUUGGGACCGCCACGGCGUCCUACCAGGUCGAAGGAGCAUUCGACGAAGGCGGUCGUGGUCUCAGUAUCUGGGAUACAUUUUGUAAAACUCCAGGCCGAAUUCUUGAUGCAAGCAAUGGAGAUCUUGCUGUCGAUCAAUAUCAUCGAUACAAGGAAGACGUCGAUAAUAUGGCUGAAAUGGGAGUGGAUGCUUACAGGUUUUCGGUUGCCUGGGCACGAAUAUAUCCAGAUGGUUUGGAGAAGGGUGUAAACAAAGAAGGUGUGACGUACUAUAACAAAUUGAUUGACUACCUUUUGGAGAAAGGGAUAAAACCGUACGUGACUCUGUACCAUUGGGAUUUGCCUCAAAAAUUACAUGAUUCUUUUGGGGGAUGGACGAGCCAAGAAAUCGUGAAACACUUUGCGGCUUAUGCUGAGACAUGCUUCGCGGCAUUCGGAGACCGCGUGAAGCACUGGAUAACCUUCAACGAGCCUCUUCAGUUCUCUGUGCUGGGAUAUGGCUUGGGAAUCCAUGCUCCUGGAAGGUGUUCGGAUAGAAGAUACUGCAAAGCUGGUGACUCCGCCACUGAACCAUACCUCGCAGGCCACAAUGUGAUACUUUCUCAUGCGGCCGCAGUUAAAAUCUACAGAGAAAAGUUCAAGGCUCUUCAAGGUGGUGUCGUGGGGAUUACAGUGGACGCUGAAUGGGCGGAACCAAUGACUGAUUCAGUAGAUGACAAAGUGGCAUCACAAAGACGGCUGGAAUUUCAACUAGGCUGGUUUCUUGAUCCUUUCUUCUUUGGAGAUUACCCGGCCACAAUGCGUGAGUAUGUCGGUGACAGGCUUCCAAAGUUCACUCCAGAGGAGCAGAAGUCUGUUCGAGGAUCCGUAGAGUUUGUUGGUAUCAACCAUUAUAGCAGCAGGUUCGUGACGCCUGCACUGUACGCAAAGCCUUCAGACAAUUACCAUCAGGACCAGAGAAUUUUGACAUCAGCUGUACGCAAUGGAGCUGUCAUUGGAGAUAAGGCGGCCUCUCCUUGGCUCUAUAUUGUCCCUUGGGGGCUGCACCGAGUUUUGAAGUGGGUUUCAGAGAGAUACAAUCGACCCCCAAUUUACGUCACUGAGAAUGGCAUGGAUGAAGAAAACAAUUCGACUUUGACCCUUGACGAGCAGCUAGAUGAUUUGAAACGAAUCCAUUUUUACCAAGAUUAUCUGACUGCUGUACUGCAAGCAACCAGAGAAGGCAUGGACAUUCGGGGCUACUUUGCAUGGUCUCUAGUAGACAACUUUGAGUGGGCAAUGGGGUACACCAAGCGGUUUGGUCUGUACUACGUCGACUAUGAAACACUCAAGCGCUAUCCCAAGAGGUCAGCCCGUUGGUUCAAGAGGUUCUUGAGCAACUCUAUCAAACAGGAAGUCUGACAGGCUUGUUCCUCUUUUUAUUUAACCGAGAAAUAUAACUUGAGGUUUCUA